CUUGUCUAACACCAAAAAAUACAAACAAAACAAACUUCUCUCUCUCCUUCUAUCAUUUGUAUGGUCUGAAAACCAUUUGGUUAUGGCUCUCAGGAUAGACCCGGGAAUCGGUACUGCUCCGACUCACCGAGUCGCCAUGACCACUCUUCUUCCUUCUCCGCACUCCCUCGUCUUCGUCGGCUCCUUCCCCUCCACUCGCCCACGCGCCGCCCUCCCUCUCCACUCGCUCCGUACUCGCCCUCCUCUUCUUCGUCUUCGAGCUUCCUCCGAGUCUUCUCCUUCCUCUCCAGCAAAAGAUGUUGAAAACGUGGUGAUAAUUGGCUCGGGUCCUGCUGGAUACACAGCCGCAAUAUAUGCUGCUCGUGCUAAUUUGAAACCUCUAGUGUUUGAGGGAUAUCAAGUAGGUGGUGUUCCUGGGGGACAGUUGAUGACUACCAACGAAGUGGAGAACUUCCCAGGGUUUCCAGAUGGAAUAACUGGUCCAGAUUUAAUGGACAGGAUGCGACGACAAGCUGAGCGCUGGGGAGCAGAGUUGUUCCAGGAAGAUGUUGAAUCUAUUAAUGUAAAAACUAGUCCCUUUACCAUCCAAAGUAGUGAACGUGAGGUUAAGAGCCAUAGUCUAAUUUUCGCUACAGGGGCUGCUGCAAAAAGGCUCAAGUUACCUCGCGAAGAUGAAUUUUGGAGUAGGGGAAUCAGUGCAUGUGCGAUUUGUGAUGGGGCAUCACCAUUGUUUAAGGGGCAAGUUCUUGCCGUUGUUGGAGGGGGUGAUACAGCUACAGAGGAAGCCAUAUACUUAACUAAAUAUGCCCAUCAUGUCCAUUUACUUGUACGUAGGGAUCAGCUAAGGGCUUCCAAAGCAAUGCAAGAUAGAGUGUUCAACAACCCAAAUAUCACCGUGCACUACAAUACAGAGACUGUGGAUGUUGUCAGCAAUACGAAGGGCCAGAUGUCUGGCAUUUUGCUUCGGAAAGUUGAUACUGGGGAAGAAUCCGUGCUCGAGGCAAGGGGGUUAUUUUAUGGGAUAGGUCACUCACCAAAUAGCCACCUUUUGAAAGGCCAAGUUGAGCUGGACAGUUCUGGCUAUGUCUUGGUUGAGGAGGGCACUGCAAAAACUUCUGUUGAAGGUGUAUUUGCAGCAGGAGAUGUACAGGACCAUGAAUGGAGGCAAGCCGUAACUGCUGCUGGCUCUGGAUGUAUUGCUGCUUUAUCAGUUGAGAGAUAUCUUGUGAGCAAAGAUCUACUCAUUGAGUUUCACCAGCCCCAAACUGAGGAGGUUAAGAAGGAGCUUACAGACAGGGAUGUUCAGGAAGGUUAUGAUAUUACUCUGACCAAACAUAGGGGGCAGUAUGCUCUACGUAAACUGUACCAUGAAAGUCCAAGGCUUAUAUGUGUACUGUAUACGUCACCGACUUGUGGUCCAUGUAGGACCUUGAAACCAAUUCUCAGUAAGGUGAUCGAUGAGUUUGACGAGAAUGUACAUUUUGUUGAAAUUGAUAUUGAGGAAGAUCCAGAAGUAGCAGAAGCAGCUGGAAUUAUGGGCACACCUUGCGUUCAGUUUUUCAAAAACAAAGAGAUGCUCAGGACUGUAUCGGGAGUCAAGAUGAAGAGUGAGUACAAAGAAUUUAUUGAAUCGAACAAAUAAAAAGUAUUUCAAGAGAAACUUUGUUUGCCCGAUCAUGUUAGCAUUUUGUUAUUCAAUUUUGUUCACUCUAAACUGGCUAGUCCAAUAAGCCCUCAAUUUUUAGGAUGAAUCAGCUGUCUUUCUUUGAUCAUUUUACACUGUAAAUUCUACGUGCAACUUGCAGAGUUUGCCAAUGCAUUAUUGCGG